CUGAUAUCCGCUAAGCCCAACACCACCAACUCACGACCCAUUAAUGAUUGUAAGACAAAUUGGAAAGGGACAGUGAGAUCUCUGAAAAUCGAGUUGUAUACAAUUCACAAUUCACGAAUUAAAUCUCCAAAACCCUCCUCUUCUGGCCCGAUCCUUCUCUUCUCGUCAUUGCUGGAAGCUCUAACCCUCUCUAGCUCAUCCUACUUCAUGUUGGAUCAGAGCUCCUACCACUUUCUUUCUGAUAUUGCAAAGUACAAAGAAAAGGGUAGAAUUGACAAUCAAAAACCAAAGUGAAGCAAUAUCCACAUGAUAUGAGACAAGCAUGGCCAAGAAACAUGAAAUGAUUGCACAAUCAUGGGGCACAUUAGAGGAGCUCUUGCUAGCCUGCGCUGUGAACCGCCAUGGUACCUCAAACUGGGACUCCAUCACCAUGGAUGUGAAAAACCGGACCUCUGCUCUACCCUUCCUCACUCCACAGCAUUGCAUCGAAAAGUUCAAUGACCUUAGACAACGAUUUAUGCUUCGAUAUGACGCUGAAUCAGCAGAUAUCACCAACUUAGUCCCCAUGGUCAAUGAGCUUCGUAGGAUUCGCAUUGAGGAGCUUAGAAGGGAGGUCCAACGACAUGACGCCUCAAUUUUGUCCUUGGAGUUGAAAGUGAAAAGGUUGGAGGAGAAGAGAGACGAGAGCUUGAAAGAGGAGGCAGAUAUGGAGAGAGAAAAGAAGCCAUCACUGGAGAAGUUUGUUAGAAAAUCAUUCACUGGCAGUGACUCCGAUGACUGUGAUAGGCGAUACUUCAACCAGUCUUAUUCAAGUGAAAAAAACGAGAAGGAGUUAGUGAGUGCUAAACAGAAAAUAGGAGGAAAUGAUACCAUAGAGGCGCAGGACGAGAAAAUAAAACUUGAACUGAACUUACUGGAGGAUAAGUUCGAAAUAGGUCUGGUUCAAACAGGAUCCAAGCCUGGAGUCAAGUGGGAUUGGUCUUGCAAUGUUAAUGUUGGACAUGAUGGUAAUGAGGAUCAAACUAUGUCGAGGGAGAAGAUAAGUAACAGUGAAACUAAGAGGAUAAACCAGGGGUGUGCUGAAUUUGAAGAGCCGAACGAGUUGCAGGAAUCAGUGAAGCAGGGGACGACAAAGCAGAGCAGUGAUGUGCAGAGCUCUGCUAGCUUGUCAAGAAAGAAGAAACAACAUACUAGAAGUAGUGAUCUCGGCACACGAGGAGGAAGUAGCGGCAGUGGGGAGCCUGAUGAUUAUGAUGAGGUUUCUCUCACCACCAAGCAGGGCCUUGCGAUCAAAUCUGAGCUGUUGGCUAGGCUCCUAAAGAUCAUUCGGUCAAAUCGCCUUGGUUCCAUGUUUGAGAGGCCCACCCGCAGCCAGGAAUCGGAGAGGUACAGAAACUUAAUUCGGCAACACAUGGACCUGCAGAUGGUUCAGUCGAGGCUAGAAAGGGGUGAUUACUCUGAUUGUCCCCUAAAGUUCUUUCGGGAUCUGCUCCUGCUUUUCAACAACGCCAUCAUAUUUUGUAGAAAAAGCUCGCGAGAAUAUGGUGCUGCACAAGAACUCCGAGGUGUGGUCUUGAAGGAACUUACUAAUAAGAUUCAAUGGCGUCAACCUGUGGCAGGGGAAACUGAACCCGAACAGGAAUCCGCUUCUUUUUCAAAAACCAACAAAUCUUUGACCAUGAUUGCAUGUGGAAAAUGCAAUUACUUUAAAAUGAUAACUGAAAACAAUGACCGCAAUGGCAAUAGGAGAGAUGGCGAGGUCAAAAAUAAACAGAAGUUGAAUGGGAGCAAGAUUGAUGGUUCUUUUGCCAAUACCGAUGAUAUGGGUAUACGGAAAAAACAGACUCAAGAUGGGUCGGUUUCAGGUUUCACGAAGUUGAGAAGGAGCAACAGGAACACAGAUUUGAAGCAUGAGUUGGGUGCCAAUGAACUUAGCUCUCACGAUUCUUUGGAUCUGAAGCUGGACAAAAGUGACAGAAAGGAAAGGCACGGACGAUUGGUGACUAGCUUCUUGAAAAGAAUGAACUACUAUUUGCCUGGUGAGGAAACAGAUGAUGAAUAUGAUGUCGAUCAUGGUUAUGAGGAUGAGGAUACAGAUUAUGAAGUAGAAGAGAAGGAGGAGAAUAGUAAGGAGAGAAAUGCAAGGAGAGACAGGGUUACUCGGAGUUCAAGGGAUAAUGGGGUUAGAGAGAAGACUGUGAAGCCGAAGAGAUCCGGUGGGAGGCCAUUGAAAACGCAGGCGUCUAGCACAUCAGAGUCUUUGCUGUUUGGAACAGGGAGGAGCCGACGAAACAAUGGUGAUUCUGAGGUGGCAGGUAAUGGAGGGAGACCAAGGAAACGAACAAGGAGGUGAUGGCGCUUGUUGUGUAAGAUGUAUUGGUAUUGAUAGGUUCUCGCUUCCCAUCUUCUGACUUUUUGUUGCUACCUCACUAGAAGAACAAGAGGGAGGGAUUUGAGCGGAUAAGGAAUAGUGUCGACUUGUAGAAUGUUUUCAGUCAUUGCACACACAGAAUCUGUAGAAAUAGCAUGGAUCACAGUUUGUUUAAUUAAUUGUCUUUGUUGUUAUCAGCAAAAUAGGGUAUAAAAGAGAGAGGGAACAUUAGGCAGAGGGAAAGAGAGAUUUUUGUGAGUGUUUUAUAAACUUGUAGAACGGCUAUUUCAGUAAAAGCAUACGCAUGCAGAGCACAGGUAGAGGUCGCAUGCACAAGCUUUAUUGAAUUUAUCAUUUAUGGGUUCUUUUUGUUGUUAUCAACAAUGUUUUGUAAAACUGUCAUAAGUGGAUGUUUGCCAAUUGAAGGCUAAAAUUUACAAAUUUAAAGCAAAAUUCGCAAAAAUUCUGAACAACUGACCGCUGUGUGUGUGUUUUU